UGCCUCCCGCACCUGGCUGGCUACCUGAAAGCUAUGAAGCCGGUCUGUGACAAGUAUGGCGCGCUCUUCAUUCUUGACGAAGUCAUGAGUGGGAUGGGGAGAACGGGAAGAUUGCACGCGUGGGAGAACGAGGAUGUGGUUCCUCAUCUCCAAACUGUGGCGAAAGGCUUGGGCGCAGGCUAUGAGCCAAUCGGGGCACUGUUGGUACACAGAAGUGUCGUGAACGCUCUCGACGCCGGAAGCAAGACUUUCGUACGCAGUCAAACGCAUCAAGGACAUCCGGUCGCCUGUGCUGCUUCGCUCGAAGUCCAACGAGUCAUCAAAGAGGAGAAGCUGAUUGAGAAUGUGCGAGAGCGUGGGCCAUAUCUUGGCGAGCUACUCCGUGACGAACCCGGCCAGCACAAGAAUGUUGGGGAUGUUCGAGGCCGUGGUUUCAUGUGGGGCAUCGAUUUGGUUGAGGAUAGAGGUAGCAAAGCUCCUUUCCCCGUUUCGAAGCAAGUGGCAUCCAUGAUACAUGCGACUGGUUUGCAGGAAGGCUUUGGAAUAUCCAUCCUCCCGGGCGCGGGCGUGGCAGACGGCACGAAUGGCGACGUGAUAAUGCUGGCGCCUGCUUACAACUGCACGAAGCAAGAACUGGAAACGAUCGUAGCAAGAACAGCCAAGGUGGUGCGGCAUGUUCUGGGCUAG